UCUCUGGUUCCAUGCCAGCGGGGAGGGUUUAAAUGGCACCCAGCAGUUGGCGUGAGGGGCCGCAGGAGCUUGGGGGCCGGUGGCAGGAACAAGUCUUUUCCGACCCCAUGGAGCUGUACGAGACACCCCCCUACUUCUACCAGGAGCCCCGCUUCUACGACGGGGAAAACUACCUGCCCGCCCACCUCCAGGGCUUCGAGCCGCCGGGCUACGAGCGGACUGAGCUCGGCCUGAGCCCCGAGGCCCGAGGGCCCCUGGAGGACAAGGGGCUGGGGACCCCCGAGCACUGUCCGGGCCAGUGCCUGCCGUGGGCGUGCAAGGUGUGCAAAAGGAAGUCGGUGUCGGUGGACCGGCGGCGCGCGGCCACGCUGCGGGAGAAGCGCCGGCUCAAGAAGGUGAACGAGGCCUUCGAGGCGCUCAAGAGGAGCACCUUGCUCAACCCCAACCAGCGGCUGCCCAAGGUGGAGAUCCUGCGCAGCGCCAUCCAGUACAUCGAGCGCCUGCAGGCCCUGCUCAGCUCGCUCAACCAGGAGGAGCGCGACCUCCGCUACCGGGGCGGGGGCGGGCCCCAGCCGGGGGUGCCCAGCGAGUGCAGCUCCCACAGCGCCUCCUGCAGUCCGGAGUGGGGCAGCGCACUGGAGUUCGGCCCCAGCCCAGCGGAGCACCUGCUCGCAGCUGACCCUACAGACGCCCACAACCUGCACUCCCUCACCUCCAUCGUGGACAGCAUCACAGUGGAGGAUGUGGCCGUGGCCUUCCCAGACGAAACCAUGCCCAACUGAGAUCGUCCGCCAGCCUGGGUGUCUGCGCAAGCCCCCCAAGCUGGCCACAGAUGCCACCACCUCCACAGCAGGGGCCUCCGGAGCCAGGCUGCCCUGCCGCUGGGUGGCCAGCCGUGG